UCUUGGUGAAAGACGCAACUUCUGCAAAGACGCUUUGGAAUUACCAGAGGUUCAACACUCUCGGCAGAAGAGUGGAAGCGUCCCAUACAAAACGCAACAGUUCUCAUUCUGUUCAGCUCGGUGCAUGUUGUUCAGUGUGCUAUCCGCUCUUCUGCAGAACGACAGGGGGUCUAGUGAAGUGGUCAAUAGGCUUGUUUGAUUUUAAUGUGUUCUAGGACCUCCAUGCAGAUCUGUUUCCAAUAAAGGAAGGCAAAUUUCAAUUCUGUCUAGUUUAAAAUGACUACAGCAACAGGAUCAGGAAGAGGAGAUAUUGUGGAGAAGACCAUAGGUGUGCUAGGAAAAUGGCAGAUUCUAGUAUGCCUAGCCAUAUUUCUCGUCAAAUUUCCUGUAGCUUGGCAUCAACUCAACAUAGUCUUCGAAGCACCUCCUGCUCAAUUCUCUUGUGGCAACAGCACACUAGAACCAUGUUCAGAAGAAUGCCAAGAACAUGUAUUCAACAGGAGCAUUUUCACUGAAACACUCAUCACUCAAUUCGAUCUGGUUUGUGGCAGGUCCUACAUAGCCCCCAUGGCUCAAACAAUAACCAUGCUUGGCAUUCUCUUUGGAAACUUGGUUUUCGGAUACUUAUCUGACAGGUUUGGACGGAAAAACCCAUUGGUUUGGGCUGUUAUCCUCCAAUUUCUGGCUGGUGUCGCUGCAGCAUUCAUGCCCUGGCUACCCUUGGUACUCUUCAUGCGUUUCCUAUCAGCUAUGGCGACUGGUGGUACUAUGGUCACGAGUUUUGUUCUCGUAAUGGAACUCAUAGGUACUAAAUGGAGGACAACCAUCGGUAUAAUGUACCAGAUCCCCUUCGAUUUCGGACAUCUCAGCCUGGCCCUCUUUGGGUACCUCAUAAGGGACUGGCGGUACCUACAAGCAGCCAUAAGCGUGCCAUCUUUACUUCUCGUCGCCUACUACUGGGUACUACCGGAAUCUCCAAGAUGGCUGAUGACGGUUGGCAAGACACAGGAAGCCGUGGAGGUGUUAGAGAGAGGCGCAAAACGUAACGAUUUACCUGUAGAUUCCAUCAAGCAAGACGUCGAGGAAUUCGUGCAAAAAUCAGAUUUGAAGAAUAGAAGCGGUGGACAAGGAGGAAACGCCUUGGACCUCAUCAAAACGCCAGUCAUCAGGGUUUACACGAUCUGCAUCUGCUUCAACUGGUUGGUAUGCGGGUUAUGCUUCUUUGGAGUAGCGCAGUAUAUUGGACGUCUUGGUGGAAACAUCUUCAUCAACGUAGCCAUCUCUGGUGUUAUUCAAGUACCCGGUACUUUCUUCGCGUUGUGGUCUCUGGAAGCGCUGGGGCGGAGGAACUCCUUGAUAUUAGCGAAUGUGGUUGCUGGUGUGUCCGUCCUGUUGAUAGGCGUGGUACCAGAUGAUCCAACCUGGCUGAAACCAUCACUAAGCUUCAUCGGGAUAUUAGGAAUGGCUGUGUGCUUCCCAACCGUUUAUAUCUAUUCUGGAGAACUGUUUCCGACCCUCAUUCGUAACAUUGGGGUUGGUACUUCCUCUAUGUGUGCCAGGAUAGGUUCCAUGACUGCGCCGUUCGUUGCAGGGUUGUCCACGGUGGCACCGUGGGUUCCAACGCUAAUUUUCGGCAUAAUGCCACUUGUGGGCGCGGUUUUAUGCUUGAAAUUACCGGAAACUCUCAACUGCAAACUUCCAGACACCAUAGAAGAGGCUGAGAAGUACGCGAAGGAAAAACCAACCACCAAUGGGAACUCCAACGAGAUGUUCGAUAGACGAGAGUGAUGGACAGUUUGUGUUUCUUCAAUUGUAGGAAGAAACGUCAAUAUGAAACGAUUAAGACUGAAUUAUUCGUUGUUUAUGAUACAAAUAUUGAAACAAUAUGCAAGGACCUUAAGUUUUAGUGAAGAUAUCUUAUUCACAGUAAGCUUUAACUUGAAUCGUUCUUAUCGGAUGUUCUCUUUCAUUUUUGUGUUCAAUUUCGAAUUUUCCUACGGAAAUUUUUUUUCUACAUAUAGAAAAUUGUCCUGCCAUUAGGAUAGGAGUCGACCAUGUGUUUUUAGUGUAAAUAUGGGUAUUCAGUAUUUGUUAGAAUGUUUGUGUACUGCGUACAAUACCUAUCUAAUUUAAUUGUAUUUAUGACGAUUUUAUUAGUGAAAAUAAACGAAAAAUGAUUGUCAA